CCUGCCAAACAUCGAUCUUUUCUGAUUUCUUACCGUGGUCCCUCUUGGGUCUCAGAUUGGUUGGACGCGCCGAAGUGAAAAUUUUGUUUUAUUGUUUUUUAUCCAAAUUUGGUCUGAUAAUUAUAGUUCACAGAUCACAGCAGCUAUUAUCAGGCUAUACUGCUGUUCUAUGAUCAUUUUCCUCUCUGAUGGAUCUAAUUAACGGCGAUUAGGGAAGGUGCGGAGUUACCUGCAUUGAGCAGGAGAUCUUAAAGAUGUUUCGUUCACUUUUUCCUGUGGAUGAGGAGGGAUUGUUACAUGGUGUGGAAACUCCUUGAUUCUAGUGUUUCCUAAUAGAAUGACGAGGGGUGCCCUGAUGAGUGUUAAUGGUGACGAUAAAGAGUUACAAGAAUUGACUCAUCAUCUACAAGUUGGGAAGAAAAUCCUUAAAGAUGGAGUUACUGGUGAGGAACAUGGAUUACAUGAGAAAAAUGAAUUGAAAGUUAAUGGAAUGGUUGAAGAAUUUAAUGUUGGACAAGGGGAGACGGUGAAAGGGCCUGUUGUCCAGCCUGUAACAAAGCAGCAAACUCAUGGGGAAAUUGUUUGCUGGGAGAGGUUUUUACAUCUUGGAUCCCUUAAGGUUUUGCUUGUGGAGAAUGAUAACUCUACUCGCCAUGUUGUCACUGCACUGCUUCGCAAUUGUUGUUAUGAAGUUAUUGAAGCUGCAAAUGGAUUGCAGGCAUGGAAGAUGUUGGAGGAUUUAACUAAUCAUAUUGAUCUCAUUUUAACUGAAGUGGCAAUGCCUUGCUUCUCAGGAAUUGGUCUUCUAUGUAAGAUUAUGGGUCACCAAGCACGAAAGAACAUUCCAGUGAUUAUGAUGUCAUCUCAUGAUUCUAUGGGUUUAGUCUUUAAGUGCUUGUCAAGGGGUGCUGUUGACUUUCUUGUAAAACCCAUACGGAAGAAUGAGCUUAAAAACCUUUGGCAGCAUGUUUGGAGGCGAUGCCAUAGUUCUAGUGGAAGCGGGAGUGAAAGUGGCACACAAACCCAGAAGUCUGUAAAAUCAAAGAGUCUUGAGGAGUCUUCUAACAACGCUGACAGCAAUAAUGAGGACAACAACAGAAGUGAAGAUAUAAAUAACGGGAAUGGAAGUGACAAUGGUAGUGGAACUCAGACCUCCUGGACCAAACAAGCUGUCGAAGUAGACAGUCCCAAACAAGUACCUCAGUGGGAUCAAAUAGUGGACUAUCCUCUUAGCACCUGCGCUCAAUUCCCUCACUCCAAUGCCCAAAUAUGUGAUGAAAAGAUGGUUCCUCUGGCCACGAAGUGUUGUCCCAAACAUAAGAAACAACUUGUCAAAGAGCUGGAAGUUGACUCAAGUACAGAGCUUGACUUAACUGUUGACAAUGGGAAUGAGUUUCCCGUCAAAAUUUCAGUAGAAAAGCACGGUAUCCAUCUUGAUGUGGGCUCCUCUAAAUGCAAUGGGCUGAUUAGUAGAGGACAGCUGGAUCUUAAUUGUGAGAAUCCAUCAGGCAUGCUACGGCCCAAUGGUCCUUCAGUGUCUGAUGGCAUUACUGAUGAAGAGUUUGAAGCCCAAAAUAGAAGACACGGUCUCUCAGAUAUUGAAAAUAAAGCUACUAAUGAUGACGAGUUACCAUCUCCUGAGAUCAGUUUAAAGAGACUCAGAGGAGGAGGAGAUGCCAGAACCACAAUUCAGGACAAACAGAAUGUUGCAAGAUGUUCAGCCAUUUCGGCCUUCUCAAGGUACAAUGGAAGCUCUAACACUAAGAGGUCUCCCACUGAAUGUGUCAGAACUGGAAGUAACUCUCGGGAUAACGAUAGCUUAGAAGUUACAAAGAAAGAUUUAUCAUGUGAAAUUCAAUCUCAUUCCAAUGGCAAUCCUUCCCACCGGAGCUCAAAUGGUGGAAGCAAUGACAUUGAUAUAGGUUCCUCUGCUAAUAAUGCUUUUACUAAAAUUGAAGUCUCAAGUGAACAAGCGGUAGCAUCAACAGCCAGAUGUUUGUGCCAUGUUUCUGCUGUCCAGCCUAUAAGCAGUGACCUAUGUACCCUUCAACAAGUUGUAUUUCAUAGUAGCAAAGACAUGACUACAGUGACAAUGCUAACACCAAAAGGAGGCAUACAUAAAGAUUAUCAUAGUGAGGACUUUCAUUACCAAUUUGAAAACCAUGACAGUAUUGCUGACAAGCAGUACUGGCAGCUACCUGACCAUGUUGAUUCAACAUUCAAGGAAAUGGCCGUAGCUGCACCACAUUAUGGGUCAUCUAAUGUGGUGGAAAUGCUGGUUGAAUGUAAUACUGGAGAUAACAGUGUUGACAGAAGGGCAUCAGGCAGCAAUAAUGGAAGCGACAGACUAAAUGGGAGCAGCACUGCUGUUGCUGACAGGGAGACAAACAUAGAGGGUGCCAAUAGAAGUGGUGAUGCUAGUGGGAGUAAGAGUUGGAGCGGGAAUAAGAGUGCUAACAGGGUAGAUCAAAACAAGACCUCCAAGAGAGAAGCAACCUCGAGUAAGUUUGGCCUUAAGAGAAAGGAGAGUUGCAUCCAUAAAAAGGCCCAACAUCAAAGUAGAAAGAAACUAGCUGAAGAACGGACUCACUUUUGUGGACAAUUUGUUCACAAGUCCACAAACGAAAAUGCACCAGAGGCAGAGGAUAAAUGAUAGAGCAUUUGCCCGAUUGGCGUAAUGACAAGGAUAUAUAGAGAAAAUGGUCAAGAAGGCUUUAUGUAGAAUGUGACUAUUCAUGCCUUUUACCCCUUGUGUUAAUGCAAAAUAGAUUACUGUCAUUCCAGUUUUUCAUCUGCUGUUCAACUUAUCGCAAUGAGUCUGCCUAUAGACGUUGUUAUGCUGGCUGGAGACUUUGAUAACUCUCUUAUAGCGACUUUAAAAUUGCUAAUUCUCUUUCUUCUUCAUACUGUGCUGAAUGAGAAUGUGAAUAGUGCAUUCAUCUCCAUC